GAUGCCGCCAUGCAGCACUACGGGGUGAACGGCUACUCGCUGCAUGCCAUGAACUCUCUCAGCGCCAUGUACAACCUGCACCAGCAGGCAGCCCAGCAGGCCCAGCAUGCCCCCGACUACCGGCCUUCAGUGCAUGCGCUUACACUGGCCGAGCGCCUGGCUGACAUCAUUUUGGAGGCCCGCUAUGGCUCCCAGCACCGCAAACAGCGUCGCAGCCGCACAGCAUUCACGGCUCAGCAGCUCGAGGCCCUGGAAAAGACCUUCCAGAAGACUCACUACCCAGAUGUGGUGAUGCGUGAGAGGCUGGCCAUGUGUACCAACUUGCCUGAGGCCCGGGUGCAGGUGUGGUUCAAGAACCGCCGGGCCAAGUUCCGGAAGAAGCAGCGCAGCUUGCAGAAAGAACAGCUCCAAAAGCAGAAAGAGGCUGAGGGCUCCCACGGGGAAGGCAAGACGGAGGCUCCAACCCCAGACACCCAGCUGGAGACGGACCAGCCCCCUAGUCUGCCCAGUGGCGACCCCCCUGCUGAGCUUCACCUGAGCCUGUCUGAGCAAUCAGCCAGUGAGUCAGCCCCCGAGGAUCAGCCUGACCGUGAGGAAGACCCCCGGGCAGGGGCCGAGGACCCCAAAGCUGAGAAGAGCCCUGGGGCUGAGAGCAAGGGACUGGGCUGCAAGAGGGGCAGCCCCAAAGCAGAUUCCCCAGGCAGCCUCACCAUAGCUCCCGCAGCGCCAGGGGGCGGCCUCCUGGGCCCCUCCCACUCCUACUCCUCAUCCCCGCUGAGCCUCUUCCGUCUGCAGGAGCAAUUCCGCCAGCACAUGGCGGCCACCAACAACCUGGUGCACUACUCAUCCUUUGAAGUGGGGGGCCCGGCACCUGCUGCUGCCGCUGUGCCCUACCUGGGAGUCAACAUGGCCCCGCUGGGCUCACUGCACUGCCAGUCCUACUACCAGUCCCUGUCAGCAGCUGCUGCUGCCCACCAGGGUGUGUGGGGGUCCCCACUGCUGCCCGCACCCCCUGCAGGCCUGGCACCUGCCUCGGCUGCCCUGAACAGUAAAACUACAAGCAUCGAGAACCUGCGGCUCCGGGCCAAGCAGCACGCGGCCUCCCUGGGACUCGAUACGCUGCCCAACUGACCGUCUCCAACCCAGCCAGGGGUCUUGGGUCCCCCCUCCUAGCCCAUGGCUAUCCCCAGAUGGCUCUGAAGGAGUUAACUUGAGCCCAGGGAUCCUGGGACCUGGCAUCUGGUUCCCUGUUCCCCUUCCCCAGACCCCAGCCCGAGGUGAAGCCCACAACUACACACCCUCUGCAUGGCCCUGCUUGGACCCCGUGGAGGCUGAAUGGGGAGGAGGUGAGAGGCGGGGUGCCCUGGCUUCCCUUGGGGAAGUGAGAGACUCUCACUGGCUAGAUCCUCACCUUGAUGUCACCUCCUCCCUUCCCUCCCUCCCUUUCUGCCCUCUAGUAAGUCGAUGUGUGGAAUGUGAGAUAUAAAUAUAAUUAUAUAAAGCUAUAUUUUCAGGCACCUGCCUGCCCCAGGCCCCCUGCCCCACUCCCCUUUCUCCACGGCCACCCUGGCCUGCACCUCCAGCUUCCGUAGCUUCCCAGACUCCCUUCUCUCUCUGCUUCUCUCUCUCUCCUUUCCUUCUUCCCUUGACCUCCUCUCCCUGCCUCUGUCCUGGUCCCUUUGCGCCUCUCUGCCCAGCCUCUGUCUCCCCCACCCUUGAUCUUUCUCUCAUGUCUCUUCCCCUAUCCCUGGUUUCUUCCUUUGGUGCUGGUUGUGUUGGUGUCGUCCAUUUCCCAGCAGUGUUUGGUUUGGGGUUGUGAUUUUUUUGGUUUUAGUAAUUUUGCUUCUUCCUGUUGCUCUCCUUCUCUCCCCCCGACCCCCUUGCGUGUCUGCUGUCUCCUCCCCGCACCUGCACUCUCUUUAGGCUGCUGUUCCUUCCCGUGCCCAGUAGAGGCAACGAGGCCCUAGCUGGAGACCUUGCAGCCCUGGAGCUGCCGGCAGGGGAUGCCACAGGCUCCCACUCCCACCCUCCCUCAGGUCGGACAUUUGGUAGGAGUCAGGAGUUACGUUCUCUUCUCUCUUCUCAGUCUUGAGGUCACCAUUCUCAAGACUGAGGAGGCAACGUCAGGCCAGGCAGGUGGCAGAAUGGCCGCCAUCACUGCCUGCAAGCCCUCCAAGGACAGAGGCCUGGUGUCAGCGUUCAGCCAGGACUGACUGUGGGCUCUAGAGUUCUCUUUGGUGAGACUUCCCUGGUUGCAGGGAGGCAGCAGGGGGAGAGGCCUCUCAGAGAACAGGGCUGGUGCUUCUCUCUCGCAACCCAGCCCCCAGGUUCAGCCGCUACGGUCCAUCCCAGAACGAAGGUUGACCUUUGCUCCUGAUCACAGUGAGUGAAACCACACAGCACCGUGUGGGCUCGGGGUUCUGUUGGCUUCCUGUCUCAGAACCAGUUGUUGAAGUAAGGGUUCUUGUCCAGCUAGUCACUGGCAUGGAGAAGUGUGCUCCUGUUAAUGGUCCAGAAACCCAGCUCAGCAAACUGCCUUUCAAAACUGUGUGACC